AUUAGCGUCUUGGGCGGAGUUAAGAGAAAUAACCAAUCAGCGUCGCGUAUUUGCUGUGGCAGCGUCGGUAGCAAGUUAGAAUGUGAACUAUAUACUACCCUGAUCGGCUACUAAUCGGGAGGGGAAGAGGGAGAGAGUGAGAAAGAUGGCGGCGCUUAGUGAGGAGGGGAGGUACGGGCUGUCCUGCGGUAGGGGGACACAGGACCAGAUUACCGUACUUCACGUCAAACUCACUGAGACCGCCUUUAGGGCCUUGGAGAACUUCCAAAACACUAAGAAUUCUAUAUCAUCGCGCCCAUCAAUUCAAUUUAAAGGACUCCAAGGAUGUAUCAAGAUCCCUAAAUCAGACUGCCUCAGUGAUAUGCACAACUUUAAUUUCUAUGUUUCAAAUGUGGGCAAGGAUAAUCCUCAGGGGAGCUUUGACUGUAUUCAGCAAACCAUUUCAAGUUCUGGUCUAUCAAAAUUGAACUGCUUGGGAUUCAUACAAGAUAAAAUUACAGUAUGUGCCACUAAUGACUCCUACCAGCUGACCAGAGACCGCAUGACCCAGGCAGAGGAAGAAACACGGAGCCGUAGUACUAAGGUCAUAAAGCCAGGGGGACCGUUUGUAGGGAAGAGGGUCCAGAUUCGUAAACCAGCAAGCAAUCUUUUAGAUACAGCACCUGAAAGGAAGAGAUCAACACCCAUUAAUCCUGCAAAUACACUACGGAAGACCAGUAUAAGCAACGCCAUUGCACAGCGGCCGUAUAGGGAAAGGGUGAUUCAUCUGUUGGCACUUAAAACAUACAAGAAACCAGAAAUCCUAGCUCGCUUGCAUAAAGAUGGUGUUAAUCAAAAAGACAAGAACUCUCUUGGAGUUAUCCUACAACAGGUUGCAAAUUUAAAUCCAAAGGAUAAUUCAUAUACACUUAAGGAUUUUGUAUACAAAGAAGUACAAAGAGACUGGCCUGGAUAUUUAGAUGGAGAUAAACAGUUAUUAGAUAGAAUACUUUCCAGGAAACUUAAUCAGUCUCAAAACACCACCAGCACUAAUAAUGCAGACUCUCCUCCAAGUGCUGCAUCUACAUCUCCUCCCCAGAAACGGCCUUUGGAUGUAGACUUCAUUGAUCCUUUAAUGAAUAAAAAGCCUCGGAUAUCUCAUCUUACGAACAGAGUCCAUCCGACUUUAAAUGGUCAUUUGACCGAAGAAAAACCAGCACCUCCACCACCCCCACCCUCUGCGGCCACCCCAGCCCUUCCACCACUUCCACCUGCACGCCUUCCAGUUUCUAACCCUCAGAAUAUGAACUCUAAUUCAAAUUCUCCCAGUACACCUGAGGGUCGGGGGACUCAAGAUCUGCCAAUAGACAGUUUUAGCCAAAAUAGCAGCACCUUUGAGGACCAGCAGGAAAAAUAUACCUCUAGGACUACACUAGAAAAUUCCUUAUCAAGUUAUACACAGUUGGAAAAUACAGAACCAACAGACUCUAAAAACAGCACAUUGCACAAAAAGGUAAAAAAGGCCAAGAAACAUAAAGAUAAAGAUCGUAAAAAAAUAGACCAAGAAACCACAGAGGUUGAAGACACCAAACCAGCUCACACCAAGAAGGAAGAAAUUGUCUCUCUGGAAAAGAGCCCUAGUCCAGGUGCUAAGAAAGCAAAAGAAAGUUGUGUUGCAUCUGAUCCCUCAUCAACAACGGAACUACCAGAUUACAUGGUCAAAUACACUGUUAUAGUGUCUAGUGAACAGCGACAAAGUUAUAAGGAUGACUUUAAUUCAGAAUAUGAUGAGUAUCGGAGCUUGCAUGCCAGAGUUGAAAAGGUGACUAGGAAAUUUCAUCGGCUUGAUGCACAGCGCAAGCGGCUUUCUCCUAAUUCUAAGGAGUAUAAGGUUUUACAUGAAGAAGUUCUUCAGGAAUACCGUAAAUUUAAAGAGACAAGUCCUAAUUAUUAUGAAGAAAAGUACAGAUGCGAGUAUCUACACAACAAGCUUGCUCAUAUUAAAAGACUAAUAGGAGAAUUUGACCAACGGCGGGCAGAUUCCUGGCAUUAAACCUCUGCAAAAACAAGAUGUGAAUAGUUAAUGUUAUUUAUUUAAAAUUCCACGUGUUAUGCCAGGAUUAAGGAAAAAAUGAAACCUUUUUCAGGAGUUUCAGUAUUAGUAGACUUGAGGGUUUAUUUCAGUUUUUUUUCCUUUCCCCCUGUCUUAUCCUGCUUAUUUAAAAGCUGCUUUCCUUUCUUGUCCUUUUGACUUGCAUUUAUCUAUGUAAAUCAGUGUAGAAACUGGAUUCCUAGUGCCUACACUUGAUAAGCUGCACAUUUUUAUUUUAUUUUUUAUGUAGCAAAAUGAUGUGCUUUUUGGAUAAAUGUGUCAUUACCUUUAAUUCAAACUCUUUGCCUUAAGUGGCAAAAGGUUUAAAAAAAAAUUUGCACAAAAUAUAAAAAACAAAACUCUAUUGUUUGGAGGGAUCCGGGACAAAAGCAUAUAAUAUAUGAAAUUUAUAUCAGUCUUAACUUGUGACAUGGACCCCCAAUGCAAUGGAUGCCUUAAGGUGUUUGUUUAUAUACUUAGCACUUCCCAUGUAACUGAAACAACGGGAAGCACACUGUGGCCUAUCAGCGUCCUGGCGUGUGCUUGUAUGCGUGCAAGGGCUGUGUGGGUGUGAGCAUGCAUGAUGAAAACAAAGCUGCUAUUUAAUAGGCCAAACGCUCAGGUUUAAGGAACUGACGAGUGUUGUAGGGUUUUUCCUAUGAAUUUGCUACUAUUGUGGAAAACUAAUGCAUUUCCAUUUCAACUCUUUUGUCAGCUUUAUUAACAGUGAGGGAAGAGUACAAAGAAACCCUUCAUGUUCUGAAGGGGCUUGCUUUUUGUGAAGGGGUUUAACAUACUUUAUGGGCAAAAAGUAAAAAUGUAAAAAAAAAAUUAUAUAUAUAUAUAAAAUUUAACCAUGUAGGUGACCUAUUUAUAUACUGAAAUAAAGUAUUUUUGAAGAGAUAUGCAAAGAAGCUAUUACCUACAUGUAUAUUUAAAGUGUUUCUUUUCUCCUGGGAGCCAGGAAUAAAACAAAGUAUAAAUCUCUAACUUAAAGAAAAUACUGUGAUCAUCAAACGGCACAAAUUUGCAUUUCAUGCAAUUACCAGUUUACUUUGUUAUAAUUUUAUCAUGUGGGAACAGAAGUUUGGUUCAAACUCAAAAUGACCUGAGCAUUCUGAAUAAACCUUUAACACUUUUUUUUUUUUCCUUUUUUUUUUUUUCCCUUCUCAUUCAAGAAGUGCUGCCAAUGAAAAAGGGAAGCAUUAUGUUUACAGAUGUGAUUUACUGGUUUGUUUGCCAAAAUGUUGUUUAAUAUCUGUAAUAAACAUUGCCUCCAGCAUCAAAACCAGUUGCUUUUAGUUUUCUGUAAACCAAAAUGUUAGGGCAAUAUUCAGAUGUUAAAUCGGACUAGGGUUAGGGGUACACCUUUUAAUCUGAGAAAUGACUGAUACAUAGUUAUAAAAGCUACGAUUUAUUUUAGAGAUAAUAUAUUGAUAUUGCAUACUCCUUUAUAUGUAACAUAUAUUCAAGAAAGUCUGAAUUAUCCCCCCCAGUUUUUGACACUGAUAAUCGUGUAGCGUGUCUCAAGACCUGAUCCCUUCAGUAAUUUAACUAAGUUCUUGCCUGUUUUGAGGGCUUCUAGAAGUGCACUAACCAUGCUCUGAAAAUCAGUGUUUUGUUAGUCUGAUAGGCAGGGAUGCUUUCUGUACCCAGUACGUAUACACAUUAAAAGAUUGCCGUAAAUGAACCUGUUCAUAUAGGGUUUUGUCUAUUUUACUGGAAGUUGUUAAAAAAAUAGACUGAACUAAAAUGCAUUUCAUACAGCAUGUAUCCAUAUAAAAAAGAAAUCCAGCAAUUUGUAUUUAUCAGUUCCAUUGUUACAGAUAUUUUCUUUUCUUUUUAUUUACCUUGUAAACAUAUUUAUUUCUGGUUUACAGAAUAAUUGUUAAUGCUGGAGGAUACCUUUUCAAAAUAACUGAGGUUUUAAAAAAAAAAACACGAUAUUCUAACAUAGGAAUUCUAUAGGCCUAAUAUUCUUAUACUAUUUCUUGAGUCUACAUUCCUGUUGAACCAGACAUAACAUCCAGAUUGUUUCAUUGACAGUUAACUAGGUACUACAUAACAUUUCCUUUUUUUUUUUUUUUUUUUUUAAAGUGUUCAUUGGCUAUGGAUAACUUAUUUUGUUGUACGUGUGUUAGUAAACAAAUCAAAUUGUAAAUGUCUGUAUACCAGAGUGCUAAUUGUAACGGACAACGUGUAUUACACCAAGUAUUUAGAAAUGAACACCACAAACUUAAAACUAAACGUAGAGAAUAGAUUGAAGUUUCUCAUUUAUGAAUUUUUCUCAAUUACCAUUUUAGCAUCUUUGUGGAAUCUUACUGUUCACAUCCUAUAUGCCAGUCUGAUUUCAUUUUUUUUUCACUUCUUCAAUAUCCUGUGAUGGUUGCUUGUAACAGUCUUAGUUUUUUAUGUUUGACUGAUGUCCAGAAAUGUAUUUGUGCUAAAUAUGUAUUUUUCCCCCCUCCAACUCUUAUGCUUUACUCUGUGGUGCAAGCAAUUUAAAGCCUGUAUCAUACAGCUCAAAACUUGGAUCUCAUUAUUCUAUAGCAGCCAAGGUUCACUUGCCCUUGUGAUACUGAAGGUUCUUGUUCAAAAAUAAUUGUAACUGCUACUUGGGCUCUAUUUACAUCUUUGUGGAAACUGAAUAAAAGGACCAUGUCACUCACAUAAAUCCAGUGUACUUGGUAUAUUUAAAAAAAAAAAAAAAGUUCCUUCCUACCCAUCAGCAGUGGCCUUAAUCUAAAAUCCUUUUCGAAAUAGCCUUACUCCCUGCCUAACUGAUGUUGGCACCUCCAAAGUUCCAUUGCUUCUUGUAUGUGUGCAUGCUCCUGAUGUUUACUUGUAUUAAAAUCAUUUUAAUCUGAAAUAUGCUGUCUACUACAGGAUGGAAAGGGCUUUCAAUUUAUCAGGAUUUUGAAAAAGCCAUAAUGUUGGCUUAAAGUUUUUUUUUAUUAUAUGAAGUUCUUUUAAAUAAGGGACAGGUUUAAAGAAUGUUCCCAGAGUAUUACAUUUUGAAAAGCAGCCUGUGAUUGGUAAACUCUUAAAGGUAUUAGAUUGUAUUCCCAACAAACAUUUUCCAUGUUGUUGGCAGUUUUUACCUAUUGUAUCACUGUUACUUAAUGCUUUUCUUUAAAAAGCCAUGCCAUGCAGAUUUAUUCCUAAACUGGCACUUGAAAAAGCUUCAGAAACCCCUUGGCAUGAAACAAAGUAUUCCAUUUUAUGAUUUUUAUUUUGAUCCCUGGUAUUUUCUGGAAUUUGCAACAUAACUUAUACACACCUACACUACUACUUAAAGUGAUAAUAAACCCAUAUUUUUCAUGAUUCAGAUAGAGCAUGCAAUUGUAAGCAACUUUCUCCUUUAGUCAUAUAUAAAUUUAUAUUCGUUCUCUUGAACUCUUUAUUUAAAAAGCCGGAAUGUAAAGCUUAGGAGCCCGUCCCAUUUUAGGUUCAGCUCCCUGAAUAGCGCUUGCUUUAUUGGUGGCUUCAUUUAGCCACCAAUAAGCAAGCGUAACCCAGGUUUUGAACCAAAAAUGGGCCAGCUCCUAAGCUUUACAUUCCUGCCUUUUUUUUUUUUUUUUUUUUUUUUUUUUUUAAGUAUAGCAAGAGAACAAAUAAUUUGAUAAUAGGAGUAAAUUAGAAAGUUGAUUAAAAUUGCAUGUUCUAUCUGAAUCAUGAAAGAAAAAUGUUUAGUAUCCCUUUAAGCAGAAGUGGCGGUGUACUGCACUUGUUCUGUGUUAAGCAAUACAUAGGAGUAAUUAAAGUUUACAUUGGCUGUUAAUUCUGCACAAAUUUAAGUGUUAUAUUUUCUCAUAUGUUCCAAACAUGCUGUUUUUAGAAAAAUCCAGAAGCUAAAAUUUCAUUUGGGGUAUUUCUAUUUGCUAUUUUUGAGCCAAUGUUGCCCCAUUAUGUUCAAAAAUUAAGUUGUUUAAUAAAAUGUUAACUUUGCAAA